AGUAUCUCAUCAUAUUAAACCAGGUGUCAACCUGCUCUUUUUUUUUGAGAGAGAGAUAGAGAGAUCAGAGAGGGUAGGUUUGGUGCUGCCAAUCCAUAAAACAGUGGUUAAAAAAUAGUCCACUACCGCAAAGUUAGCAUCUUAGAUUGAAAAUACAUUAUAAAAAUAAAAACUGACUGAUUAUUUCUUGCAGAAAUUGUGGAAUUCUUCUCCAUAAUAGGUAGAACUUGGACCUACCUACAGCAUUUGCAACCAGGCUCGGAAGAGUAAUCAAUGCAUUCCUUCUAACAGACUCUCCCUUUCCUUUUCUGGAUAUUCCUGGACCUGAAAUUGAAAAAACAGAAGACCAUGUCCGACGAGCAGAUAAUAAGCCUUGACCAGUUUGGCCCAGAUAUCCUUGCCGAAAUUGAAAAACUGUUCCAGAAGACCUUUUCCUACACCAAACCAGCCAACAACGAAUGGCAGUUGCCCAAUCCCAGCCAGGUUUUCGCCUCCCAUCACAAAGCCUUCGGUUCCCUUGAGGCGCUCAAGGAUUCCUUGAACGACGUCAAGAACAAACUCAGCGAUAAACAGCUGGAUGAGUGGCACCAGCACACUUCCUUCACCAACAAAGCAGGGAAAGUUAUUGCCCACAUCAAGAAGUCGGUCAACGCUGAGUUGUGCACUCAAGCGUGGUGCAAAUUCCACGAGAUCAUUUGCACUUUCCCUCUUCUCCCGAGCGACGCUCUUCAGAACGGCGAACUCAACUCCGUCCAUCUAUGUGAGGCCCCCGGAGCUUUUAUAGCCAGCCUCAACCACUAUCUGAAGUCUCACCGCAUCCCUUGCGAUUGGAACUGGGUGGCCAACACCCUGAAUCCCUACCACGAAGCGAACGAUACCCUCAUGAUGAUUAUGGAUGACCGGCUUAUUGCCAACACGUUGCCCUGGUGGUAUUUUGGUCCGGAGAACACCGGAGACGUCAUGAGCCUGAAUCACCUCACGGGGCUGCAGCAUUUCAUAAGCAACAUGGCCACCGUUCAUUUGGUCACCUCCGACGGGAGUUUCGAUUGCCAGGGGAACCCGGGCGAGCAAGAGGCGCUUGUUUCCCCCUUGCAUUACUGCGAAACGGUCACCGCCCUAAUGACGCUGAGUCCCGGAGGCUCUUUUGUCCUGAAGAUGUUCACCUUGUUCGAACAUAGUUCGGUGAAUUUGAUGUUUCUCCUCAACUGUUCCUUUGAGGAGGUUCACGUUUUUAAACCCGCGACGAGCAAAGCAGGGAACUCCGAGGCCUACGUGGUUUGCCUGCGCUAUUUGGGCCGGGAAGCCGUUCACUUCGUCUUAUCGAAGAUGCUGCAGAACUUUGGGUCAGAACUGGUGUCCAAGGCCCUGUUUCCCCAGCACUUGAUCCCAGAGUCCUUUCUCAAAGUCCACGAAGAAUGCUGCUUGUUCUUUCACAAGCAGCAAACGGAGACAAUUUCCGAAAACCUCCGGCUCUUUGACCGCAUGGACGAGGUGGAGCAGGCCAGGUUAAACGCUCUGCGGGACUGCUGCGUCAGAUAUUUCCUGCAGAGGUUCCAAUUGAAACCCCUGUCCCGAAACAACUGGCUGGUGAAGAAGCCUCACGCCGGCUACAGCAUGAACUCCAAAUGGUUUGGGCAGAGGAACAGGUAUUUCUGCACCUACAACGAGCGGAAGCUGCUGGAAUCCCUCUCCUGGGAAGAUAAAGUUGUCAAAGGAUGUCUUAACCAGUGGAUUGACGAACACGUUCUCGGUAACGUUGGGAAGGGCUGCGUUUUAGAAGGAGCCCCCGGCAACCUAGACUGUCACCUAUGGUAUAUCUUGGAAGGCAAGCGAUUGCCGAGAGUUAACUUUUCUCCCUUCUGUGGCGGGGAGGUACUGAAGAGCCUCAACGAAGCCAUUGAAAAAUCGUUGGUUGGCCAAACCGUUCGCGGUGACCACACCCAAGCGGCGUACGCAGAGUGCCAAUUUUGCUGUGUUCUUCCCGUAUCAUCGGUGCUGUCCGAAUUAUCAGAACUGAUGGCAUGUCUCGAACCUGCUCCGGAUCAAGAUUGCACAAGCCAAAGGAAGUGCUUGGUUUUAGGUUGCCCCCUGUUUUACGAUGGUGAAAGUAGGUCUGGCUGGGAAAUUAAAAACGUGGAGUCAGCCCCUCUCUUGGCUUUUAGCUGUACUUUACUGCAUGACGGAGAACCGAAAUAUCAGCUGCAUUUUCUAGAAUGCCUGCUGGGUGCGUUUCCUCAGCUUCAGAAAGGAGAUGCGUUGGUUUUGCCGGUUCUUUCUUGCUUCACCCGCUUCAUGGCGGGUUUAGUCUUCAUAUUGCAGAGCUGUUUCCAGCGUAUUUCCUUCGCUUGCCCCACCUCGUCUCAGCCCCUAAGGACCAAUGCCGUCUUGCUCUGUGUCGGAUAUCAAGGUCUUCCAGAUUCGGUUUUCCAGUACCUACAGCAGCUAAAUGAACUUAUGAGAACUCUGCUUGACUCAACGUCCCCCCAGCAGAUCUUGCAAUUUGUACCUAUGGAGUAUCUGCUGAAGGGUUCGCUGAUGGAGUUCCUGUGGGACCUCAAUACUGCUAUUGCAAAAAGGCAGUUGCAUCUGAUUGUCCAAAUUGAACAGCAGAAUAUGACAUGAGGAGGCUACAGCUUUUCUAGUUUGGCUAGCUAUAUAUUCCUCUCUAGGGAACAUGUUUAUAUCUCAUGAAGAUAUCUCAUGAACUUCUGAGGAAGAGAAGUCCAGG